AUGGCUAACAACCGACUACUAAUUUUGAUUAUACUUCUUAACUUUUCUCUUGACAUUGCUCAAGGAAGUGUUGGUGACCUAAAAACCUACAUCAUUCAUGUAAAGAAACCACAAGCUUCACUACCCACCUUAAGUGAAGAUCAUAAAACAUAUCAUCGGUCAUUUCUUCCCAUUCACGCAUCCACAGAGAAAAACGAACCAUUACUGUACUCAUACCAAAAUGUGGUCAGUGGUUUUGCUGCAAGACUAACUGAUGCUGAUGUUGAAUCCAUGAAAACGAAAGAUGGGUUUGUAUCAGCCCAUCAAGAACGAAUCCUGAAGCUUCAGACAACUCAUACACCGAGAUUCUUGGGGUUGCGUCAAGAAACUGGUGUUUGGAAGCAAUCAAAUUUUGGGAAGGGAAUGAUCAUUGGAGUGAUAGAUAGUGGAAUUUUGCCGGGCCAUGAUUCCUUUAGUGACUAUGGAAUGCCGCCCCCACCUUCUAAAUGGAAAGGGUGGUGUGAGUUCAAUGCGUCGAGCUGCAAUAACAAACUUAUAGGGGCCAGAUCAUUUAACAUUGCUGCAAUGGCCUCAAAUGCUAGCACGGGAGUAGAGACACCCCUAGAUGAAGAUGGACAUGGGACCCACACUUCAAGCACAGCUGCUGGCAGGUUUGUUAAGAAUGCAGAAGCGCUCGGUGGUGCAGCAGGGACAGCUGUUGGGAUGGCACCAUAUGCUCAUUUGGCAAUGUACAAAGUAUGUUUUGGUCCAGAUUGCCCCGAGAGUGACGUACUAGCUGGAAUUGAUGCUGCAGUAGCUGAUGGAGUUGAUGUGAUAUCAAUUUCUCUUGUAGAAGAUGAGAACGUGCCAUUUUAUAAGGAUAACGUUGCAAUAGGCUCCUUUGCUGCAAUUCAGAAGGGAAUCUUUGUAAGCUGCGCAGUAGGGAACUUAGGUCCAGUCAACGGGACUGCAAACAAUGUGGCACCAUGGGUUCUAACCGUUGGAGCAAGCAAUACAGAUAGAAAGAUCAAAGUCACGACAAAACUAGGAAAUCAGAUGGAAUUUGAUGGUGAAUCUUUAUUUCAGCCAAAAGACUUCCCUCCUACAUUGGCACCACUUGUUUAUGCUGGGUCUAACGACAAACCGGAUUCCAAGUUAUGUGUCAAUGGAUCACUUGAAGGUAUGGAUGUCAAAGGCAAAAUAGUUUUGUGUGAGAGAGGCGUGUCAGCACGAUUAGAGAAAGGGGAGGUGGUAAAAGAAGCCGGUGGCGCAGCUAUGAUAUUAAUGAACCAAGAAGCACAGGGAUUCAGCUUAGAUGCCGAUGCCCACGUUCUCCCUGCAGCACAUGUGAGUUAUACAGCUGGACUCAAGAUUAAAGCUUACAUUAACUCCACCCGUACACCCUUAGCAACAUUACUGUUCAAAGGAACUGUCAUUGGUGACCCUUUAGCUCCAGCUGUCGCGUCAUUCUCUUCUAGAGGUCCCAAUACCGUGAGUCCAGGAAUUCUGAAACCCGACAUCAUUGGCCCUGGAGUUAGCAUUCUAGCAGCAUGGGCACUCCCACUGGCUGGAAGCACCAAAACCAAAUCCCCAUUUAAUGUCAUGUCUGGGACUUCAAUGUCGUGCCCACAUCUUAGUGGUAUUGCAGCUUUGCUCAAAGCUGCUCACCCUUAUUGGUCACCUGCAGCUAUAAAAUCCGCAAUAAUGACCUCUGCUGACCUAGUAAAUCUCAAAGGCUCACCAAUAGUAGACGAAACUCUUCAACCAGCAGACGUAUUUGCUACAGGUGCGGGUCAUGUUAACCCUUCAAAAGCUAAUGAUCCGGGACUUGUCUACGAUAUCCAGCCUCAAGAUUACAUACCAUAUUUGUGUGGUCUCGGGUAUAGUGAUGACGAAGUUGGGAUCAUUGCACAUGGGGCAGUAAACUGUUCAUCAAGAUCCAGUAUAACAGAAGGCCAACUGAAUUACCCUUCAUUUGCUGUUAAACUAGGUUGGGCAUCCCAAAAAUUUACAAGGACAGUAACUAACGUAGGAGCGGCAUAUACAUCAUACGUUGUCAAAGUUUUUGCACCAAAAGGAGUAUAUGUUACUGUCAACCCCAGCAAGAUUUAUUUCACAGAGAUGAACGAGAAAGCAACUUACUCGGUGACUUUCACCCGCACGAAUGAUCAAGUAGGCGAAUAUUCUCAAGGCCAUAUAACAUGGGUGUCUACAAAAUACAUGGUUCGAAGUGUGAUCUCCGUGAAUUUCAUGUAA